AUUGUCACGUGGCACUUAAACCCCCUUCGUUAUUCAUCCUCAAAACCCUAUUCUACUCUGUAAAUUUCUGCUACUAAAAAAAUCCAUUAAAGCAGCUUGAUAAGCUCUAAAGCCAAUCAUGAAAUGGUGAAUCUUAACGAUUUCAAUGGCGGUUUCAAGUCUGGGUUUCGCUUGCAGAUCCUAUUGUCCUGUUCGUCCUCUGUUUCACUGCUUCUCGAAGGUUCGAUUCAACACUGUGGCUGCUGCUAUAAUUGAGACAGUGGAUGAUAAGGAUAGUGAUCGUCAUGACCAAGAUUCUAAUGAAACGAGUAAAGCACCAGAGUGGAAGAAACUAAAUUCAGAAGACCUUGGAAUAACAAGUUCUAUGAUUUCAAAGCCCACGCGACGAGUGUUGAAUGGACUUAAGAGUAAAGGACAUGAUGUUUACCUUGUGGGAGGCUGUGUACGGGAUCUUAUUUUGAAGCAGACGCCCAAAGAUUUCGAUGUACUCACUUCUGCAGAACUUAGAGAGGUUGUUCAGACUUUCUCAAGAUGUGAAAUUGUUGGAAGAAGAUUCCCUAUAUGUCAUGUGCACAUUGGGAAUGAUAUGAUAGAGGUUUCAAGUUUUAGCACCUCUGCACAAAAUUCUCCAAGAAACAUGAGAACUGGUUCCGGAAAACCGAAUGACUCCAAUGACGAGGACUCUAUCCGUUUCAAUAAUUGCUUGCAGCGUGAUUUCACAAUUAAUGGGUUGAUGUUUGAUCCAUAUGCCAAAGUUGUAUAUGACUAUCUUGGGGGAAUAGAAGACAUUAGAAAAGCUAAGGUACGGACAGUGUUUCAUGCUGGCUUAUCUUUUCAAGAAGAUUGUGCAAGGAUUCUUCGUGGGACAAGAAUCGCUGCGCGUUUAGGUUUCAAAAUUUCCAAGGAAACAGCUCAUUUCGUUAAGAAGCUUUCCUUUUUAGUACAAAGACUCCACAGGGGAAGAAUCUUGAUGGAAAUGAAUUACAUGUUAUCAUAUGGAUCAGCAGAAGCCUCUUUAAGAUUGUUGUGGAAAUUCGGGAUACUAGAGAUUCUUUUACCAAUUCAGGCAGCAUAUCUCGUUAAAAGUGGUUUCAAGAGACGAGACAAAAGGACUAAUAUGCUUCUGUCUCUCUUCGCAAAUUUGGAUAAACUGUUGGCUCCGGAUAGACCUUGCCACAGCAGCUUAUGGUUAGCAAUCUUGGCUCUUCACAAAGCUCUUGCUGCUAAACCUCGACAUCCUUCAGUGGUUGCUGCCUUCAGCCUUGCUGUACACAAUGGUGGAGAUGUACAAGAAGCUGUAGAGAUCACCAGGAAAAUCACAAAACCUCAUAACAAAGGCUUCCUCGAGCUACUAGAGCCAGAGAAACUGGACUCUCAAGCCUUAAUGGAUGAGGUCAUGGAUUUUGAUUUUGCUAUCAAAGAAGCCUUGGGACAGAUGACCGAUGGGCAGUUCAUUUCAAAGGCUAUGGCAGCGUACCCUCAGGCUCCACAUUCUGAUAUGGUUUUCAUACCGUUGCAAUUGUACGUAGAUGCAAGAAGAGUAUUCGAAUGUGUCAAAGAAAAUGCGGUGCUAAAGGGUUUUGUGCCCAAGCAAGAUAGUAAAAUUGAUUAUACCUCAUUAUCUUCAGGAGACCUCCCAGAAGUUAGACACGUAUUUGCUAGGGUUGUUUUCGACACAGUUUUUCCUUUAGACCCAUCUCAAGAAUUGUAAUCUCUCUUGGACUGGCUGGGGUUUAAAUUAAGAUAUGGUCGAAAGCAAAAAGAAAAUUUUACUUUUACUACUUGAGUCAAUGACUUUCAUAUGUAGAACAGAACAGCUAGAUGUAGAGAAUACAACUUUUGUUAUCUUACAAGGUAGAAACACAAUAAGAAUAAUAAAAUUUGGGAGUUUUUUUUUUCUCUCCCUUAUUGCUUUAGUGUGACGUCUGUGAGGAAAGUCCUUGCAGUUUUAUGCACUUACAGCUGGAGCAGGAGAAGCACCACCAGUGGUUGGCAGUCCAGCUAAAACCUUGACAGCAUCAUAGAUAACCCAUUGUGCUCCAGUGAGUGUUCCGAUCAUGAAAAUACGGAGAGGAAGGCCACGUGUAAGCAGACCCCAUAACCCUAGCCUACUCACUGCCUCACUAACGGUGGCUCCUUUAGCGUUAUUGAGGAAAGACACCAAGUUAUCCGCAGGAUGAGAGAUAACAGCGCAGAAAAUUCCAGCAAUGUAUCCACCGGCGAAGCUAACACCGAGCUGAACCGGCUCCGAACACUCUUCCUUCGGUUUAGGAAUCACCUUCUUGUAUAUGAGCUCCACAGUGUUCUCAAAAGUAGCAAAUUUCAUCAUCGUAUAUGGAAUCUGGCGUCCCCAGAGAGGAACAAUCCCUUUGAAUAAACCGCGAACGCCUUCUGAUCUAAUGAUCUUUGGUAAACCAUCAGAUAAACCGCGGGCGAAACCAGGCUGAGUCUGGACCCUGACUUUGACUGCCUCCAUGGGACAGAGAGCUACAUCGGCGACGAUCUCCGCAGAGGCAGAGCCUGCGAGGUAGAUCAGGGUUUUGUAUUUGGCUGCGUUUUCUGGUCCAACGAUGUCUGAGUAGUAUUUCUUGGCGUACUCAUACAGACCGUAUUUGAACGCUCCCUGAGCACUGUACCCGAUGAGUGUCGGUGACCAGCCUCUGGUGAAACCCUUGAUCCCUUGUUCUUUGAUUGUUGUCUUGAAAGCAGAAGUUAUGUUCUUGUACUUUGAUGGAUCAAUCUGCAUAUUGCAUUUGAGGACAUCGAGCGGUGUAACCGCCGUGUGGGUGACACCGCAGCUCAACAUCCCGCCGACUGUACACGCCGCGUAAUACGCCGGAGAGUACAUUUCUACUUUCUUAUUUGGCGCCGGAAUCACGAAACUUGGACCGUUCGAUGAGACUGAACAAGUCGGAGAAAUCAACCGAGACAAACGAUGAUCGGAAGAGUAGAGGAAGCCAGGGAUCAAGGAUCCGCUCGAGUUGCUAGACUCCGACAUCUCCGGAGAAGAGAAAAUUUGAAACUGUUGGUUUCAAUUGACUUUUCUUCGUGAAGAGAAAAUGUUUAACACUUUUAAGAAGGCGAGAAAAUCUGGAGCUGAAUUUAUA